AUGGACAUCAGUGAUCUUCUCGUCCGCCAUGAGAAGCUCGUCCAUCUCAAUGAGGGCAGCAAGGAGAACAGCCGCCCAAGGAAGACUUCCUCCAGCACCCACAACCCGCCAUCUUCUUCUGACAGUCAUGUCGAUCACGAGAUGAUGGGCGUCCGCCGCCCCUCUCAGUCGCAGUACCACCAGGAGUCGAUAACCGCUGUGGCUUCCACCUUGGGCCCAGAUCCUCGCAUGCCAGGUCCGGCCCGUGCCGCUGCCUGCAACCUCGACUUGCUCUCCGAUGCGGCUCUGGCCAGCGAAGUAAACCCAAUGCAGCAACCCAUGAUGUCGGAUAUGGGACGUCCACCUUCGGACCAUGCCAGGAUCAAGUCGUAUGAGGAAUCGAUUGGGUAUCCCGAGCGCCCGCGCGAGGAACAGAACAUGUUGGCCCCCGGCUUCGCUCCCCAGCCCCAGCCCGCGCCUUACGACGACUAUCACAUCUUCCUUGACGACUUUGCGCCUUCCCACUACCUCCCGCCUCCUUUCGAGUCCGACCAACAGAUGGGCGGUCUCUGGCCGCGCUCCGGCGACUUGCAUCAUCGUGGGCCAUCCAAGCCAUCAUCACAGUUUCCUUCGCGCUUUCCCUCGGUCCAGCCCGAUGGCCGGGAGGGGAUGGAGGGAGGCCCGCGGAGCCACGACGAGUCAAUGAGAGCACCCCUUCGGAUCUCCGCCGCAGACCAUACUGUCAUCAAGAACAGACUCGAGGAGUUCUCAUCCGUCAUCCCCAACGACUUCGUGUUCCCCUCUCGCCACACACUAACCCGCUUCCUCGAGGGCUACAUCAGCGGCUUCCACGAAUACCUCCCCUUUCUUCACAUCCCCACCCUGACACCCGCCGAGAUGGCACCCGAGCUUCUCCUCGCCAUUCUGGCCGUCGGUGCUCAGUAUCGAUUCGAAAGCCACCGAGGCCACGCCUUGUGGUACGCCGCAAAGGCCGUUGCCCUCGAGCAAAUUCGACGUCGCCAUAGUCACGAGGUGCAUGCGCUGCUCCCGACACCAGCUGCAUACAGCCCGCACUCGACACGACCCUCCCCCAGCUCUGGUUUUCGCCACACGUUUGCUUCGGCACAACAGGACCGUCCAAUGACACAGGACACUCACCGAGAGCCCUUCUCGCCGAAUACGCCCCAAGCCCGACUGGAGACGACCCAGGCCGUCUUGCUGCUCUUCGCAGUAGGGCUUUGGGGGGCCAAGGCCAUCCUACACGAGGCGCUGUCCCUACAGAGCCACCUCGCUAUGCUAGUUCGUGAAGAGGGCCUGGUCGCCGAGUCCAGCCCCGGUGUCGCGCCGGAUUGGGAGACUUGGAUCCGGCUCGAAGGCGCCACGCGGACGAAGCUGAUAGCAUACUGCUUCUUUAACCUGUGCAGCAUUGCGUACAAUAUGCCGCCCUUAAUCCUCACAUCGGAACUUGGCCUCUUCUUACCCUACCCAUCCCGGUUGUGGAGGGCCGAGUCAGCGUGGCAGUGGCAGGAGGACCGACAAAACUACCCGUCCGCCGAGAUCACUGUCCACGACGCUUUCUCUAGAGUCUUGACAACCUCGCCCCAGGGGCUUCCGCCGCACAUGUCGUCCCUCGGGAACUACGUCCUCAUCCACGCCUUGCUGCAGCACAUCUACCUGCUGAAGCAAACUUCGUUUGCGCUGAGCUCACCUUUCGGGCAUCAGAGAGGCCUGAAACCGGAGGACGUGGAGGAGGUCACGGCGGCUUUGCGAAUAUGGCAGGUCAGUUUCGAGCAUCGACACCAGUUGCGUGCUGCCGACGCAGGGCAUGUUGGCAACAGCGACUCGUUCCCGGGUGGCCCGGUGGCGUUCAACUCGACUGCUCUUCUGCGUUUGGCGUACAUUCGUCUGUACACGGAAAUCCCGCCCAGCAGGUCACUCGAUACCCGGGACCACAUGCUGGUCGCUUCGUCACUGAGCAACAUGCCCCUUCUGGUCCGCACUCUGAGGCUGCACAGGGCCGUGUUCCAGGCAAUCCACGCCCUGUCCAUGUUGGUCAAGGCCGGCGUCAACUACGUUGCGAGGACCAAGAGCCUGGAGUGGAGCAUCCAACACUCGCUGUGCAACUUCGAAUGCGCCAUUCUUCUAUCCAAGUGGCUUCUCACCCUCGCGUCGAUCGGACCGAAUGACCCCCCUGCGACGCCGGAAGAAAAGAACCUUCUGCAGUCGGUCAGGAGAAUGCUCGACGAGACAGAGUUCGCUGUGCCCAUCGAUCCGUCCCUAGGCGGGCCCGCUGCCGGCCAGCCUGCCAGCAGCGAAGUGUCGGCCAACGACAGCACACGGCUGAGGCAGCUGGCCGCAGCGGUCAUCCGGCUCUGGGCGGAGACGUUCAAGGGCUCGCACAUUUUCGAGAUGGUCAGGGUCAUGGGCUCGAGUCUCGACGGGUACGCCGACUUGGUCGAGAAGCCACGGGACAGGACGCCCCUGGGUCGCAUCGCCCAUGAUCCCAACCUCGGGUGA